CGACGUACUACGGAAUAAAGCCAUGACUAGUGGUAGAGAUUGGCGAUGUUCAGAUUCAUCUCAGCACGAUAGUUCUCGCUCCUCGCAUUCCUCCCAUGUUGGUCCUUGCAGACUCCGUAUCAUUCUAACCCGCGCAUGAUAUCUGGGAUCUUCACGUGCCACACGACCGACGUCACCCCGGAUUAUAUAAGCCAGGGUCUUGCACGAUCCGCCACUUAAAACGUCUUAACGCGUCUCGGCGGCAGCCAGAUCCUGGGGUUUGCCCCAAUCCGUGCCCAAAAGGGCAAUCCCACCAAGUCAAGUGGCCCUCGUGACGUCGAUCUUAAUCCCGCACGGCGGCCCCGUGUAUCUUCCCCUCCUAUUUACUGCCUCCUCCACUCUAUGCAGGCUAUCAGUCGCAGUCAUUCCCUCCUAUUCUUCAUUCCUGUCAUUCUUUGUUGUGGCUGUCUUUGUUCUGUUAUAUGCCCUCCGUGCACACCGGGUCUUGACUUUCUGCAUUCCCUCGAUCCCUCUCUUCCCCCGGUGGGCUGAUACCUUGGGCCCUAAAAUGCCGAGGACACACAUGCCUACCGUGCCAUUUCGUGACGAUUCAGCUAUAGCCUACUCGAAACGUGAAGCAGGUAAUCGGCUUGAAGACAAGAAAACAUUGUUCAAACGGGAAUACCUGAUAGAUUGCCAUUCGAUACAAGAUUCAGCGGUCGCCUCGUCCGUAUCUUCUAUCGUCCGAGAUUCGCUGAGCUGGGCAGUGGACACAUUAUAUGCAUAUCGCGAUGGGUUGUCGAGGGAUGAAAGGAAGAAACAGGUGGAGAUUGAAGAGCGCAAGAAGAUUCUAUACUUGCGCAUGAGAAAUGUAAGUGCAUAGUCUGUUCCUCUUUCUUCUUGCUUUCUCUACUCUUUCAUUUUCUUCAACCGCAGGGGGCCUAUAUGCUUGCGCGACGAUGUUCAUAUUGUCUGAUUAUUGGUCCCCAUAGGCUGUGUUGUAUGAAGAGUGGCUUAGCUGCGCGUGUGAACUGGAUGAAUUGGAGAACAAUGGUAUUUGGAAGCAAACGUUCGAGAGUGCCGAAUACAGCCCUCGCCUUGUUCAACAGCGCCUCAGGCAGCUGGAAGAAGCCCGUGUGAGCUGUGAUGUGAGCCGGAUGCUUUACUUGGUCCGCACUUCCCUGAGUCGUGAUUUAGGGAAUAUGAGCAAUGCGAGUCUAUAUAGCCAUUCUCAUGUCGGCACUAAAAGCCUCAUUGACCAGUAUAUUACGGCCGCCGUCGACACAAUAUCGACAAUGGUUGAACUGAGUGAAAGGAAACGGUGCGAUGCUUUGGAGCUAAAAUACAUUCAGGAUCAGCUUUUGGCUGCCCGGCAAGCAUUUGGAAGAAGUGCCCUUCUUUUUUCAGGUGGAGCAACAUUUGGCAUGAGUCACAUAGGGGUGCUCAAGGCGCUCUGGGAAGCGAAGCUGCUGCCGCGCAUCCUUUCCGGUUCUUCCGCUGGUAGUGUCGUUUGUGCCAUCUUUUGCACCCGUACUGAAGAAGAACUUCCUGGGCUUCUGCAUACAUUUGCUGAUGGGGACUUUGCUGUCUUCAACGAAACUGGUCAUGAGGACAACAUCUUCCAGAAAGCCGCGCGUUUUCUCAAAUACGGAUCCUGGGUUGAUAGCUCCCAUCUAGCUAGGGCUAUGCGGAGCUGGUUGGGCGAUAUCACAUUUCAAGAAGCCUAUAACAGAACACGGAGGAUCCUUAACAUUUGUGUCUCCAGUGCUAGUAUUUACGAGCUCCCUCGACUCUUGAAUUAUAUAACCGCUCCGAAUGUGCUCAUUUGGUCCGCUGUAGCCGUGUCUUGCUCUGUUCCACUCGUAUUUUCGCCUUAUGUUCUGAUGGCUAAGGAUCCACUUACAGGGGAACCUGUUCCCUGGAAUGACCUUCAUAAACAAUACAUCGAUGGAUCUGUGGAGAGCGACCUGCCCAUGAGCCGCUUGUCAGAGAUGUUCAAUGUAAAUCAUUUUAUCGUAUCACAAGUCAACCCACAUGUGCUCCCUUUCCUCUCCAAGGAUGAAUGUUCCAGUGGCAAUACUACUGCCGAUCGAAAUGCUCCGCCGAAAACUGGAUGGCUACACACCAUUACCCAUCUUGCUAAAGAUGAAGCACUCUACCGGAUGACAGUAUUCUCAGAUCUGGGGAUAUUCCCAACAUUCUUGACGAAAGCAGUGUCUGUUAUGAAUCAAAAAUACUUUGGUGACAUCACCAUCUUCCCUGAGAUCCCAUACACGAGCUUUCCUUUAAUGCUCAAGAACCCAACCACUGGCUUCAUGCUCCAGGCCUGUCUUGGGGGCGAACGUGCUACAUGGCCUAAACUUGGGCGUAUCAGGAAUCACUUGGCGAUCGAGCUUGCUCUCGAUUCCGCCAUCCAGACUAUGCGUGCACGGGUCGCAUUCUAUCCAACUGAGGCCGACCCAGUAACUAACUGUACUUUCGUACAUCGUCACAUCACCUCCAUUGAUACGAAUGGAAGGAGAGGCCGAAUGACUCAAAGAAGAAGAGGUUCGUAUAACCAAGAACAGAAAAAAUUAAAAUUGGAAGCAGGCUGUCAGUCUGGAAGCUGUCCAGCCCGCAAACCGAGGAUUGCACGCAAAUACUCCUCUUUUGAGAAUUCAUGUCCCCAAAUUCCAUUGAACACAUUUUCCCCGGAAGUUCAGGAAAAAGGUGUCCAACCUGGAAUCAGAGCUAGUUCCAUUCCUCCGACGUACCCUACUGGCAGGUCUUCUAUCGCAGGUUCCGACAACGGUGAUGAUAUAGAUUUAUAUUCUACGAAAAGACCCAAAUAUCUUGUGCAUCGAGCUUCUUGGGGGCCAUGCUCUCACCAGCGCACUACUGGUUUGCAGGAUCAUCAGAGUCCUCAGUAUUCUCAUUCUCAACGGCCCUCCUCUCUAUCUUCGCAGUCACAACGCUCCUCAUCUGCAGACGCAGGUGAUUGGCAUUCAAGUUCAACUAAAGGAGUCCAGAUGACUGCCAAACCGUUCUUGACCCCUUCGUGCCGUGUUCUAAAGAUGACAGCCACUGAUGGUGUUGAUAUAUCCGAUCCGACUUCCUGGAAAGUCAAUUACCAUGCUCGAGAUAGGAUGACCUAAAAACUGACUGCCUUUUCAAUGCUAGAUUUCAAAUGGGCCACUGGGGCUACUUGUUUUUUUCAUCUAUGAUUUUCAAAUUUGCUGGCAAAAUUCACAUGGGUGGUACAUCUUGAAGGCAUUUCUCGUGAAUCGUGAUAGAGAUGCAUCUGAACUGCUGUAUAGUACGUCAUGGACUCGAUGAGAAGACUAUAGGUUAAAUGGAAUAGCUAUUAUUUACUACUUCGCAGCUGUGGACGGAAACCUCGAGCAUAGAGAGAGAAGACGAGAACAGAUAAAGAUCCAAGGGAAAGUUCGACGAAUACUUCACGAUAGUUCCCGGAACUCAUAAUCUGGGAAUACUUGUCAUGGAUACGCUUCGCAUAAUCCAUCAGCACAGGAAAGCUCUCAAUAACACUCCGCGAGUCGGGACCACUAGUAGUACCAGCGCAUUAGCAAUGAAUCCAUCCUGAACAAAAGUGGUGCAGUGUACAUACGCGUCACAGGUCAUACAAGAAGCAAUGAACCCGAACAAGGUCGCGUCAGCUUCGGUAGGACCGCUCAUCCCCAAUACCCAGAAUGGAGCAUCUGCAUCUACA